GAGGAUGCGCCGCCGCCCGCAGGCCCGGGGAGGCAGACGCGGGGGACGAUGAGGGAGCUGCCCCGGUGGCUCCUGCUCCCGGCCUUCUGCGUCCUGCUCGGCGGCUGGCUCGGACUUCCCAGCUGGUAUGUCUUUUGUAAAGAGAGUCCUGCUUCUUUGUAUGCACCAAAUGAGAAGUCUCCCUUGGCAAACAUGGAUGAAAAUAUCCAGGAAAAGACAGAUAAGGCUACCCAAGGAGGCUUAGAAAAGAGGAAGCAAUCCUCAAAGCACUCUGGUCCCGAGUCUUUUAGAGCUCUGAAGGAGGAGGCUGAUGGCUCCGUCAGGGUCCUGUCUUUAGAACACGCUGGUUCCAGUGCAAGUGGUUAUGAAGAAUGCUCAGUUGACUGCACAAAGCAAAAAGAGAGCGUGGAAACGGAGGAAGUGAAGACACCUGGAGCUGAACCACAGUCAGGUGAUCCAGCCGAAGCUUCUCUCGGUGCCACUGGUAUCCCUGAGAGUACUUUCAGCGCAUCUACCUCAGAGAUCUCACCAGUCUCUCAGCCCAGUGCGACAGAGAAUUCCAGCGCUGACGUCCCUGAAGCUGCCGCUGCUGAAAGUGGACCACCAGAGCCCGACUGUGACGUUGGAGGGGUCCUUGAGGCCCUCCCUCCGAGUGGGCCAUCCUCUCGCGAUACGUCACCCGAAAGCCUUGUAGGUCAACACAUCGAAAAUAUCUCUUCACAUGGAAAGGGAAAGAUGACUAAAUCAGAAUUUGACCCCAAAGUUGCUGCAGCUGAGCAGAAGGCAGAUCCCAAAUCUGCAUUGAAUGCCUCUGGCAACGUAAGAGGGGAGAGAAAAACAGGCGAUAUUGACCCAACUUCUGUAAUAACCCCAAAGGACCCAGGAGAUAUUCCCACAUUUGACGAGUGGAAAAAGCAGGUUAUGGAAGUGGAAAAAGAGAAGAGUCAGUCAAUGCAUCCAUCUUCCAAUGGAGUUCCACAUCUCACAAAAAAAGUUCAGAAAAAUAGAAAUAAUUAUGCUUCGGUAGAGUGUGGUGCCAAAAUAUUGGCAGCCAACCCGGAAGCAAAGAGUACAUCCGCGAUACUGAUGGAGAACAUGGACCUCUACAUGCUGAACCCCUGCAGCACCAAGAUCUGGUUCGUGGUCGAGCUGUGUGAACCCAUCCAGGUGAAGCAGCUGGACAUCGCCAAUCACGAGCUGUUCUCCUCCACCCCCAAGGACUUCCUGGUGUCCAUCAGUGACAGGUAUCCAACAAAUAAGUGGGUCAAACUAGGGACUUUUCAUGCUAGAGAUGAGAGAAAUGUCCAGAGUUUUCCACUCGAUGAACAGAUGUAUGCCAAAUAUGUAAAGAUGUUCAUCAAAUACUUAAAGGUGGAGCUGAUAUCGCAUUUUGGAUCGGAACAUUUCUGUCCUUUAAGCCUUAUAAGGGUGUUUGGCACUAGCAUGGUUGAAGAGUAUGAGGAAAUAGCUGAUUCGCAGUACCAUUCUGAAAGGCAGGAGCUCUUCGAUGAAGACUAUGAUUAUCCUUUGGACUACAAUGAAGGAGAAGAAAAAUCUUCAAAGAAUCUUCUUGGUUCUGCCACAAAUGCCAUUUUAAAUAUGGUGAAUAUUGCUGCUAAUAUACUGGGAGCAAAAACUGAAGAGGACUCUGCUGAGCAAGGAAAUCAGAGUGUGCCUGAAAAUGUGACUGCCUCUUCCAGGGCAGCCCCCAAGCUGCCAGAGCCAACCACCAUUCCUUCUUUAGAGCUUGUCACUGCCGAGAUCCCACAAACUGAAAAGGAGCUGUUAGUCUUAGAUAUAACAAGAGAGAACCCAAUCGUCCAGCUUGUCCAUGAGUAUGAAGAAGAAGCAAGUCCGUCGACGGUGACUCUCUUGCCCAGUGACGAGCAGGAAGAGGAAAUGCCCUGGUUCGAGUCCGAAACGCAGACCCACUGCUGUGAGCUGCUGACCGCGUGCUGCGUUUCCACUUUUCCCGAGCAUGUGUUCAAGCGGUGCUCAGCGGCAGCGGCUGUUCGUCGCCACCAGGGCAAGGCCGACACCGACUGGGAAAAAUUCUACUCUGCUGCUGCUUGGCAGGCCCAGGUGGUUCCGACCGAAACACUGCCUCUUUCGAUGCAAGAGCCUCUUCCGCAGAAACUGGAGUCCCUGCUUGCAGAGCCACCUGGAAUGGCUGCAGGUGUCUUGAGCAGCAUGCUGAACGAGGCUCUGAGUAACCAGACGGAGGGCGCCUUUGACUUGGAGCCCAGCCACCCGCAGGCCGUGUCUCAGUCCCUUCUCUUGGAUGUCACAGCAGGAGCCAAGCCGCUGCCUGCGACAGAGGUGUCCUCGGAGCCCGCAAAGCACGAAACCGUGUCCGAGAGCCCGGAGAUUCCUUCCCAGGAGGAGAUCCCUGUGGACGAGGAGGGUAUUACUGGGUCUGUUACGGAGAAGACUUCUGCAGCCAGCGUCACAACCAAGCUCGAGGAGACAAGCACAGAAGAAAAAGUCUCCACUGAAAUUAUUUCAGAACCAACAGAGACGGUCCCACAGUCCGAAUGCACAGUAGCUGUAGAAAACUACAGUGGGGAAGCAAAAGUUAGUCCUUCGGAAAUGGAGAGGCAGGUGGAGCCUGUCCUUGCAGAGUCACCGUCUCCGGAAAUAAAAGAUGAUGAGCAGACGGUUGAGGAAACAUUUCUUGCUAUUCCUGUUUCUGGUGGAUUGCCACGGACUGCUACAGACUUUUAUGCUGAAUUACAAAACUCUACAGACUUGGGUUAUGCAAAUGGGAAUCUGGUUCAUGGAUCAAACCAAAAGGAGUCUGUGUUCAUGAGGCUCAACAAUCGAAUUAAAGCCCUCGAAGUAAACAUGUCUCUCAGCAGCCGCUAUUUGGAAGAACUUAGUCAAAGAUACCGUAAACAAAUGGAGGAAAUGCAGAAGGCUUUUAAUAAAACCAUAGUAAAACUGCAGAAUACUUCACGCCUAGCUGAGCAACAGGACCUGAAGCAGACGGAGGCCAUCCAGCUUCUGCAGGCCCAGCUGGCCAACGUGACACAGCUCGUCUCCAACCUGUCCUCAGCUGUGACCGAACUUAAAAGAGAGGUUUCCUAUCGCCAAACCUACCUGGUGGUGACCCUGCUGCUCUGUGCCAUCCUGGGCUUGAUGGUUUUUGUGCAGUGGUGCAAAAACAAGUCAGAGCUGAAUGAUGAUUUCUUCUCAAAAGUUCCCAAAAGUAAUCACUAUGCCAGUCCCAAAAGAUGUGUUUCUUCCUAUGACGAUAUGAAUUUGAAAAGAAGAACCUCCUUUCCCCUCACCAGGUCUCAGUCUUUUCAGCUGAACAGCAAAGAAGUGGACCCAGAUGACUUCUACAUUGUCGAGCCAUUGAAGUUUUCCCCAGAGAAAAAGAAGAAGCGGUGCAAAUACAAAAGUGAGAAAAUUGAAACUGUCAAGCCAGUAGCUGAGCCAGUGCAUCGAGUAGCUAAUGGAGAAAUAAAAAGCAGGAAGCCAUUCACCAAUCAGAGAGACUUCUCCAACAUUGGUGAGGUGUAUCACUCUUCAUACAAAGGCCCCCCAUCGGAAGGAAGCUCAGAAACCUCGUCGCAGUCGGAAGAGUCUUACUUCUGUGGCAUUUCAGCCUGCACAGGUUUGUGCAACGGACAGGUCCAAAAGACAAAAACUGAGAAGAGGGCUUUGAAACGAAGACGAUCAAAAGCCCCAGAGCAGGAGAAGCUCGUAAAAACUUUGAUGCAGACGAAGGCAGGGUCCUUGCCCAGCCUGCACGAUAUCAUCAAAGGAAACAAGGAUUUAACUGUGGGAACACUCGGUGUCACAGCUGUUUCUGGGCACCUUUAAAAUCGAUUGAACUCUUCAUAAUGGGAACUUUUUAUAUGACAAAUCUUGUAGUAUUUGGGGAGGAAAAGAUUGGUUUAUUGGGAAGCAUCUAAACAUUACGUGGUUCUUUAAAACUAGAUAAGGUUGUUUUAGCAGCCAUCCUCGAUGAAUAAGCUUCAGCUUUGUCCAGGCUGACUUUGUCGAUGGGCAACUUUGGAACGGCUGGCGGGGGCACGGCGGGGGCUCGUUCGCAGCAUUCUUCACAAUUGCCGGAGCAUUUAACCUUUUGAAACCCGAUGUCAGUGGUACAGAGUUAAAGCUUAACUGUUUCCCUUUUUGUUACGGUCCUCUUUCUAGCACCUUCUCAUAUUUAUGUGCCUUUUGUCUAUUUAUCCUACCACUGGAGGGGGAAUUUUUUUGUAUUUGGAGUCUCCUAGAAGUACAACACUAAACUGCUGUGGGACGGAGUGUUUGUGACUUGGGUGCUGUGGACACUUGGCAUGCAUGCUCUCCCGAUACUCGUUCUGCAGUUCACCCAUAAAUGGUAUGCGCCAUUUGCCACAGACAUCCGAUGCCACAAUUCAUAUCCCUGUUCGAGGGUGCAGUACAUCUGCAGGAUGCAAUAGAAGCAGCCUUGCCUAGUUGUCGAGACUGAUUUGAUUAACAGCGAUAACAUUGUGACCCUUGGUUCUCUAUCUGUACUAAAAAACUGGAGGAAGUAACGUUUGCCCCAGUUCGGGAUGAACUUUGCCUUCGACCGAAAUUCAGCCACGCACCGUCUACAGCUUGUUCCAGAAGGGAUGUCCAUGAUGUCGGCUUUUGUCUGGGUAACACGUGUGCCGUGUGCGAGUGUGUGUGCGUGUGCUCUCUGGCAUGAGUUAAUUUUUAUUGCAUUACUGGAAUGUGCGUGAAUGUGACGGAAGGUCUUUUUGCACGUUUCAAGGCUGUCCCCAUAAGUUAAGUUAUUGAGCACUUUCAGUAGCAUCUUCUUGUUACCUUGUCAUAAGAGUUAAUGCCUUUCCUGAAUUUCAUUUAUAAUGUGACUUAUUUAAAGUCUUUGUUCUUCACCUUCCAUGUUAGAAGUGUUUGGUUUUUUUUAAUCACCAGUGAUGUACUUGGUCUGCCCAGCUCGCCAGUCGAAGCCACGCGUCUGGUUUUUUUAAGAGUAUGGGUAGAAAUGGGGGCCCAAGCCAGGAUGGAAAUGGAGAAGGCUGUACUGUUUGCGUGAACUAAUAAAUUGUGGCACUGGGACCUGUAAUAAACUACAGAUUUAUAGUGCCAGUAGAAACUGUGAAUUUCCAAAUAAAACUCAGCCCUUGUCUUUAAAA